GGGUGCUUGGUUCUCUCCCUUGUUCCAAAGCAAAAGAUAUAUAGAUACAACAAUACAAGUGUCUCAAAAAAGAGAAAGUAGAGAGGGGAUUAAUAUUAAUAAUAAUUAAUAAGAGAGAAAUGGAAGAGCAACUAAGCCAAUCAACAGUAACUCAUCUACUUCAGCACACAUUGAGAAGCUUUUGCAUCCAUGAGAACUCACAAUGGGUUUAUGCUGUCUUUUGGAGGAUCUUGCCUAGAAACUACCCUCCUCCAAAAUGGGAUACUCAAGGUGGAGCAUAUGAUAGGUCUAGAGGCAACAGAAGAAAUUGGAUAUUGGCAUGGGAGGAUGGCUUCUGUAACUUUGCAGCUUCAACCGCGAGCGAGACGCCCUCCGGUGACUGUCCAACAUAUGAUCAAUACCAACCAUACCAAGGCCUUCAACCGGAGCUUUUCUUCAAAAUGUCCCAUGAAAUUUAUAAUUAUGGUGAAGGAUUAAUUGGAAAAGUUGCAGCCGAUCACAGUCAUAAGUGGAUAUUUAAAGAGCCAACUGAUCAAGAAAUUAACUUCUUGUCUAGUUGGAAUAACUCGGCAGACUCACAUCCAAGGACAUGGGAGGCUCAGUUUCAGGCUGGUAUAAAGACUAUUGCUUUGGUUGCUGUUAGAGAAGGUGUUAUUCAACUUGGAUCCAUUCACAAGGUGGUUGAAGACUUGAACUACAUUGUGAUGCUAAGAAAGAAGUUGAGCUAUAUAGAGAGCAUUCCCGGGGUACUAUUACCACACCCAUCAUCCUCAUUGUACCCUUUCAAACCAGAAGGCUACAAUGCACCCGAAGUAUGGCCUUUUCAUGUCGGAUGUGGUGGUGGCAACGAUAUACAACCAGUUUACAAUCAACCGUUGAAUAUAACUCCUUCCAUGAGUAGCCUUGAGGCCCUCCUAUCAAAACUUCCAUCAGUUUUGCCAGUUUCUUCGUCAUCACAACAAGCUCAAGCUUUUUGUGAGGCAGCACAGUCAGACUAUGUGGCAAUAUCGCCUGAGAAAGACGUGGUAGAAGAGGAAGAAGAGAUAAAAGAUGUUGGAGAAUGCAGUAGUUCUAUGUCUUCUUAUGGCCAUGGCCAUCAGCAUUUUCAGCAUCAUGAAAUAAAUGUUAGCAAUUGCAUGACCAAUAAUAGGUAUUAAUUAAUUAGAUUGUAGUAAUCAAUCAAGUUAAAUUAUUAUGUAUGUAUGAAUUAGUUCUAAUCGUAUAUUAGUGUGCCCUCCUUUUAUCAUAA